AUGUCACAGUUGUCGCAUACACCAUGCACAAACCUCGAAUCAGAAUGGGCAUCCCUCGCACUAAAUCCCGCCGUCUCAAUUAUCUCAAUUGACUGCACGCUCUCUCCGAAAACUUGCGCAUCCCAUGAUGUAGUCUCCUUCCCUGCAAUCCGUCUCUACCAUGGCCCCAAAUACUCUAUGAUUAGAUACCGGGGCGAACGAACUUCCCAAGCUUUAACAUCCUUCCUCUCCCGCGCUCUCCGUCCUCUUAUCACACCGAUAACACCCCAAACCCUAAGCGUUUUCCAAGCCUCCGACGACAUAGUUUUCACAGCCUACAUCCCAGUCACAAACACUGAGCUCCUGGCGCAGUACAGCGCCGUAGCAAAGAAACACCACCUCGACUGCACCUUUGGGAAACUGGAGUCAAAAGGCCAAAUCACGCGGAUUGAAUUCCGGCGAGGCGAGGAAGUGGAAACAUGGGAUAUGUCUACAGAAGCGGGGGCGUUGGAGGGGUGGGUCGAGAAAGUUAUGCAACCGAUAGUUGGGAGGUUGACGAGGCGGAAUGAGAUGGAGUAUCUCUCUUCCGGGAAAUCGCUCCUCUACAUGUUCGCCCCAUCGCUACUACAUGCAGGGCUACAAAAGGCUUUUGUGCCCUUAGCAAAACACUAUGCUGAGUAUAUAUCUUUUCUGGUGAUUGAUUCGACGGAAUACGCAAAUAUGUUGCCGCAGAUGGGGUUGCAGGGACGCGGGUUUCCGUGCGCGGCGUUGUAUAAUCCAAAGAUGGGACAGGUUUUUAGGUUUGAGGGAGGAAAUGUGGUUCCUAGUGGUGUUGAGGAGUUUAUCAAUGGGAUUGUGAGUGGACAGAUUAGAGCUUUGGACCUGGCUGAGGAGGGAGUUGAAAAUAGUGAGCAUGGCCAUGGUGCUCACGAUGAAUUGUAA